UCAUGAACAAGCGACUCUUGUCAAUUAGAUUAGUCAGAAGAAACUGUUCGUCUGUGGUGCUGAAGGACACCAAUGUUUUUCUGAUUAGUUUGUUAAUUUAUGAUCGUUUUUUUUUCUUCCCCUCCUGGUAUGAGUGAACGUAAAGUUUAGCGGCGAGACACCGGCUGUAAGAUAACAUAAGCGACAAACGGGGCAGCAGAGCUUCUGACCUUCUGUGGUGUUUGUGGAGUUAGCUAAAGUGCUACUUGUGGCUGACGCACUGAGUCUCCAGCCUUAAUUCUGUGCCAUUAAUGGUUUAAAGUGGGCAGCCACGCAUGUGGCAGCGUCCUGAGUGCGCACGAUGACAUCGGAGACUUCGGUCUCCAUAUCCAGCGUCAGCAGUAACCCUGCAAAGGGAAGCUAUUACUGGCUGCGCUCCUUUGCAGCUGGAGGUAUAUCAGCAUGCUGUGCCAAGACUACAAUUGCGCCCCUGGACAGAGUCAAGAUCCUACUUCAAGCUCAGAACCCCCAUUACAGACAUCUCGGAGUGUUUUCCACUCUGUGUGCUGUGCCAAAGAAAGAAGGGUUCCUUGGCUUGUACAAGGGUAACGGGGCGAUGAUGGUUCGGAUUUUUCCUUAUGGAGCGAUUCAGUUCAUGGCCUUUGAGAGAUAUUCAAAGCUUCUGCGCAAACGUCUUGGGAUUUCUGGACAUGUCCACCGUCUUAUGGCGGGAUCUAUGGCAGGGAUGAGUGCAGUAAUAUGCACCUACCCUCUGGACAUGAUCCGAGUAAAGCUGGCUUUCCAGGUGACUGGAGAGCAUCGCUACACUGGCAUUGCCAAUGCCUUCUACACUAUCUACCAUAAGGAGGGGGGCAUUUUGGGUUUCUACAGGGGGCUGACUCCGACACUUAUUGGAAUGGCUCCUUAUGCAGGUUUUGCUUUCUUCACGUUUGGCACCUUGAAGACUCUGGGUCUGAAACAUUUCCCAGAGCAACUUGGACAUCCAUCCUCAGACAACCCAGAGGUCCUCAUUCUGAAAACCCACAUUAGCUUGUUCUGCGGAGGGCUUGCCGGUGCUAUCUCUCAGACAAUAUCGUACCCUUUGGAUGUAGCAAGGAGGAGAAUGCAGUUGGGAGUCUUGCUAGCUGAUUCUGAGAAGUGUCUAACACUAAGAAAGACACUGAAGUACGUGUAUAAGCAGUAUGGAAUCAAGAAGGGAUUGUACCGAGGCCUUUCUCUCAACUACAUCCGCUGUAUCCCCUCCCAGGCUGUCGCGUUCACCACCUACGAGUUCAUGAGGCAGGUCUUCCACCUGAACUAGCUGCCCGAUUUCCCCCUUUCCCUUCCAGGUCCACACCCAGGCUUGUAAAUUCUGAGUCUUUUUUUUUUUUUUAUGUGUGCUUCCUUCAGAGCAACUUGAGGCUCACUCAUAAGGUUUAAGUGUGUGUGUGUGUGUGUGUGUGUGUGUGUGUGUGUGUGUGUGUGUGUGUGUGUGUGUGUGUGUGAGAUGGGAUUCUAAUCAGAAAACACAGCAAACAGUGUGGCAUACUGCCUGUGGCGAAGCCUUUAAUGCCUGUUCAAUCAUCCUUGCUUUUUUUUUUUGCAUGAGUCUGUGUGCGUGCAUAUGACCUGUUACCUCAUCAGAUAUGAUUUACUGAACCACACUUGGUUGGUUUUCUCUGUGAAUACAGUGGUAGCAGUACCUGUGGUCUGGUUAGGCUUUAUGGCUUGAGGCAGAGCAGUGCUCAUUAACAGUCUGUCUCUCCAUGAUUCUUGACUUGAGAAUUUGAUUUAAAAAAAACAAAAAAAAACAAAUUCUCUCACUAAAUGUGAUCUUAGACUUUACGGAAGAGGCCUGAUUGAUGUUCAUUCCUAGAUGCACAUUUUUGCAAACAUUUUCUUUUCUGCAUUAAGAAAAGUUUUUUGAUAAGUUUCCUUUCAGACUUUGACUGACUACCUGAGCAAGGGGGCAUCGUAAAGCAGUGAUUCACAAUGGAUUUAAUCAUUCAUGUGUCUUGUAACAAUGUUAUCUUUCAGAACUCACUGCUAAUGUAAUGCGUUUGUGCUAAUAUUAACAUGAGGUUUGUGUGUAUACAUGCCCACAGAGCGCUGCCGCGAUGUGAGAUGCAGAAAAAGCAGAGGUGCUAUUUUUCAUGCAAGAAAAACUACAGCUGCUCUUUAUGAUGAUGAUGACAAUGAUUAUGAUGAUUAAUCAUAAUAUGAUCAUAAUAAUAAAAGGCUCAAGUUGUUUAACCACUGCUAUCAUCUUAAAUGAUAAAGUUCAUGCUAAGGAUUAAAUGUAAUAUUUUGUGGAGCACUGACUGUCAAGGUGAUGUUUGCAGCGAACAGUAACACAUCAUUUCUAAUUUUAUUGUUGCCAUUUUACUAAAAAUGAAAUGUGGUGCCAGCAUAUAAUUUAGAUGUCAUCAGAGUUUAAAUAUUUGCCAAGUUCAUCCCGAGUAAAUUUGGCAAUGUUUGUCCUGUUAUGUUAAAUGUAUCAUUUAGGGUAGAAUCAUGUUGUCAUAUUUUGGUUAAAUCUACACAUGGGCCAUCCCAAUCUCAGUUUACACACUGUUAAAAAACAAACAAAAAAUAACAACUGGCAGAAAAGGCUGACAAACAAAAACAUUAACAUUAAAGUAAAAUAUCUUAAUUUAAAAGAAAUAAAAUGUUAUUUAUUUUAAUAUAGUUUUACAUAGAAACAGUGUUAUUAUACAGAUUUGUUUUUCUCUAAAUUAUUCUAACCAAACAUUCAAUAAAGCUGUCGCACUAAAAGUUAAGUAACCUAAAUUGCAGUUGGUGGGGGGUUUGGAAUAUGUUAAAUUGUUAAUAUGGUCACAAGUCUUUAUAAUGAAAUAUAAUUGCUCAUUAUUUUACAGAUAUUCAUAUGUACAUUAACAAAGUGUUGAACAUACUAUAAUAAUUAAUGCAAUAAUCAUUUUUUAAAAGAUAGUCAUUUGUCAAAGGCAGAACAGUUAAAAUAUCUGUUGAAUUAUUAAUUUUCAGGGUUUUGUAUCCAAUUUUUUUAAAAUGAAAUUCUAGUACAAGAGAGACUUGGUGUUCUUUAUUAAAAAUAAAGAAAAAAAAAAACAUCGUUUCUUUAAUUAAAAUUAGUUUGAAAUAUUGAAUAUUGGCAAAAAUUCAAUAUUGCAGUGUGACGUUCUCGUUCUGAACUGGUAUGAUGGUAUUAACAAAUUGUGAACAGAAAAUAAGUGAUAAUUUAUACUGCCUACCACUAUCUGGUAUAUUAAUUUUGUUUUUAUCUCACAGGCAAAGUUUACUUUUCUGUUAGCAGUCUUGCAAGAGCCUCGCCCCCUGACCUUUUGUGAGCAUUUGAAAGUACAGAAGUCGCUGCCUAAUGGCUUAACUGAUUUUUACCUUUAUAGUCAACCCAUUUAUGGUACAUUUGAACCCAUCUUUUGUAUUUUUUAUUUUAAAGUUUAUCUAUGGAAAGUCAUGGGGUCACAGAUGGGUCAACCCUGGAAUACUAACCAAGCGACACAGUUUUAUUUCUUUUAGCAGUGGGAGGUCAGGUGUUAUUGGCUGUAAUGUGAACUGUGUGCUCUGUGAGUGCUCUUUAUUAUCUGCCUUUGUACAGACAAUCUAAGAUUUAUUUGCCAGUCAUGAAUCAAGCACUUAGUGCAACUGUUUUUCAUUGCUGAAAUUUUUUUUUUUAAGUGUUUUUGGGCAUUUAGAUAAUUGUCUAGUUUUAAUACUGUACUGUGUUCGCCCGUUCUCAGCUGUGAUCCAAAAGACUUUGUGAUGAAGUUAUCACUGAGAAGAGAUUCAGGAAAAUCUUGCACUUGAUAACAUUAGCGUUUUUCUUAUUGAGUUUUAACUGAAUGUGGCCACUGGGUGGUGCCAUUGCAUAUGCGCACACACACACACACACAAAUAUAUAUAUUAUAUUAUACAUAAAUCGCCUGAAAAUAUUUUUCUUUCUCACGUUUGCUCAAUCAAUGCAUGCAGUGUUAUUAAACAGUUUAUCAAAUGUCUUUGUUUAUUGGAAUGACAGCCUCUUCCUCUGCAUUUGUUGGGUCGUGAUUAACGUCUUCACACUCUUCAGCUGUUUACUCUCCAUUUGAAGUCUUGAGAGGAAACGGCUGAGGUUGUACGUGUUCAUAUGUAAUGGACUGCAUUUAUAUAGCGCUUUUCCAUCUGCAUCAGAAGCUUAAAGCACUUUUACAGUGAUGCCUCACAUUCACCCAUUCACAGACACUCACUACACACCGAGAGCAACUGGGGGAUAAAGGACCUAUGAAGACGCCAUCUGUUUUCAACAUGUUCCUGUUAAGAAUGUCAUGAAUUCAUACAUACUGCUGAAUGCUUUGAAAGAAUUGAAAAGUUAAUGUUAUUGUCUUUGACAGCUGCCGUCCAUCAACUCCUACACUAAAACUAUGCAUUGUUUGGGCAGCAGUGAUAUACUG